AUGUAACAGAACCAUAAUUAGUAUGAAAAUGCAAGGUUUUAGCAGGAACCUUAAUAUGAUGAGUCAAAUAUUUCCCCAAAUCUGGAGGAAAUCGAAGAGUAUGCAAAAUUUUUGGGCAUGGACCCUGUUGAGGACUAAGAAUUCUUAUAUAUAGCCAAAUAAGGACUUCUAGAGCCACUUCCUUAUCCUUGGGAAAUGAUUAAAGGAGAGAAUGAUAUAAUGAUCUAUGUCAAUACAUAGACAUAAGAGGAAUAAGACUAGCAUCCUCUUGAUGAUAAGUACAGGUAAUGGUUUCAAACUGAGAAGCAAAGGAAGAUUGCUAUGAUCUAGUAUCAUUAAAUGCAGCAAUAGCAUAUAGUUAAUUAGUAGUAGUAACAUUAGUAGCAGAUGCUAUAUACUCCAUUGCAAUAAAGUCUGAAUCAAAGCCCAUAUAUACCCUCCUCAAUGAUUCAUCAAUAAUAGCUGCCAUAGUAAAUGUUUGGAGUGAGCAGCUUUCCAAAUCAAAUCUAUUAAGAUCCAAACUAACAAUAAAAUAUAAAUAUGCUAAUGAUGGAUGAAAAUGAUUCUGCGAUAGUGUUUGAUGAAAGAUAAAUUAUAAAUCAAUACAAUCAGCAUGAUUUUGAAACAUUCAAUCCUACUUAAGACACCAGAGCUAUGCAGAAUUUGGCUUAUUAGCAGCAACUAUUGAAUAGUAGCAUGCCACCUAACCUUCAAUUAAUGAGUUAAGGCAAUCCUUAAUGGCAGUAAGCUAACAUUCUGGCUUCUUAAAACUUCAAUAAUCUAAGAGACAUCUCAGUCAAUACAUCAUUUCAGACUGAAAUCAAUAACUUUGUAAAUACUAUCAACUAGUAAUAUUUGUAAGAAUUAAAAAAGUAAAAGGAAUAAUACUUACAUAAUAAAAUAAAUCUUCUCAAAGAAUUUUAGGAUUAGAAGCUACAACAAAGAUAGCAAUAGAGUAGAGAUAAACAAAAGCAUAUUCAAAAUGAGAUGAAUAAACUUAGAGAAGAAUCAAUCAUAACUAUUUAGCAAAAACUUCAAGAACAUCAAGAUCUUUUGAGGGCCUAAAUGCAAAGGAAAAUUGUUUAAGAUGAAGAUCAUAGUGUCAAUGAGGUAAUGGCAUUACAAAGACAAAAAAUCAAUAGAAAAUAUGAAUAAAACAUUCGGUACGAAAGAGAUUAACUAGAAACAUUGCACAAUCUGGAAAUUCAAAGAUUCAAGCUUCAGUAUUAAUAAAAACUAAGUCUCUAAAAAUAAAAAAUUUAAUUGCAGUAUGAAGAAGACAACUAAAAUGGAGCAGUUCCCUCUGAUAAUUAUUACUCCUAAGUCAGAGAACUUGAGGAAAUGAGAUUAAGAUUAGAUGAAGAAGUUGACGAUUUAAGAGAUAGGAAAAAACUAGAAAUCAAUGAUGAAAUUACAUUCAUGAGAAAAUAAUAUGAUGCUAUGAGGGAGAGAGAGCAACAGAGAAUUGAAAAGCACUAUUAAAUUCUGUUUAAGGAAGAGGAUUUGGUACAAUAACAAUUCUAUGAUGAUUUAUUCGCGAAGAAGGAAGCCUUUAAACUUGAACUUAAAGAUAAAAAUGAGAAGAAAAUUGAAUUGGAAAUGAAAAAAUUACAUUUGGAGUUUAAAGACUAAGCUAACUAGAUUAAGAUAAGAUCAGAUAGAUAAUACAAUCAGAAUUUAUUACAAAUUAAGAAUAAUUAUGAGCUAUCGUCAUAAUAAUCUAAGAAUAGUAUGUAGAUUUAGCAUUAUAGAGAUUCUCAUAUUAAUAGUAGCGAUAAAUAUAAGAUCUAGAAGGAAAAUGAAUUGAAAUUAAAAAAAGAGGAGAUAGAUAAGGAAGUGAAUGGUUUAAUUAGAGAUUUAAACAAACAAAAUACAAUAGAGUUCAAUGAAAUGAGUCAAAAUUAAAAGAUACUGAAGGAAUUAGAGAGUCUUAAGAAAGAACUAAAAGAUAAAAGACAGAAAAAGAUAAAUUUAGAGCAUGACAUAGAGCACGAAUAACUGAUGAGAUAAAAAAUUUCGACCAAGUUUGAGUUAUUAAAGGUUUAGAUAGGAAUGAAUGAGAAGUUAAAAGGUAGUGAAAAUGAGAAGCAUCAUAAACAGGUUCUAUAGGAGAAAGAGCAAGAACUGAAGAAUAUACUAAAUGAUAUUGAGAGAAUCAAAGAAUUUAAGGUAAUGGCUUCUGGAUAAAAAGGAGAUAGAGAUACUUUGUAUUAGGAAAUAAAAGACAUCAAAGAAUUUAUCAGAGCUUAGCCUGUGAGUAAAGUCAGCGAUGAGAUAAAUCCUUAAUUAGAGAUUUCAGAGCUAAGGACUGUAAUACCAAGGGAGAUAAACAAAGUCGAAGAGUAAAUAUCUCAAUUAAAAGAAGAAAAGGAGACUAUGAAUGAACUAUUAAAGAUUGUUGGGAACGACUUAAUGACAGGAAUAGACUCAGAGAUAGAUGUUACAGAUAGAAAAAAGUACAAAGCUUGGGGCAUUGUCACAGAUUUCAGAGUUAACAUUGAAAACUAAAAGCCUAAAAUUUAAAAUGACAUUUAUAAGAUAGAGAAACAGAUUGAUUAACUUGAAGGCUCGCUAAAUUUGCUUUUGAAGUUAAAGUAAAGGGUUGAGACAGCAUAGAGCAUGCUAAAAGUAAAAGAUAAAUAAGAGCAGCUUAAUGAUGAUGUGAGGUAGUUUAGACGAGAGAUGGAAAGUUACAUAAGAUAAAUUUGGGCCAUAAAGCAAUCUAAAGCUUAAAAUGAUAGUCUUGAUAUUAUUCCAACUAGAGACUAUGGAAUAGUUGGAGAGAGAAACAGAAUUGCCAGAGAAAUUAUGUUAGACCAUGGUAAUUACCAAUCAUAUAGAGCAAAGAAAUAUGCUGGUUCUAAAUCAAAGGCUUCAGAUAUAUUAAGCUAGCAUAACUAUUGGAUGUAGAAAAAUUUUAGACCUUUAUCAAUUAAGAUUUGA